AUGGCAGAUUUCAAUCGCACACCCUCUGACCCUUCAACAUUCAUCCUAAUGGGCAUCUCUGGGCUAGAAGCUGCUCACAUCUGGAUUUCCAUCCCAUUCUCUAUGUUCUACAUUAUUGGCCUGUUAGGAAAUUUCAUGCUUCUGUUUGUGGUAGGCAAGGAGCAGUCCCUCCACAAGCCGAUGUACCUGCUGCUCUGCAUGCUGGCACUCACAGACAUCUGCAUAUCUACCUCCGUCAUGCCAAACGCACUGUGUAUAUUUUGGUUUAAUUUGAAAGGUAUUACUGUGCAUGGCUGCCUCACCCAGAUGUUCUUCCUUCACUCAGUUUCUAUUAUUCAGUCAGCUGUCCUCGUGACAAUGGCCUUUGAUCGCUAUGUUGCCAUAUGUAACCCUCUGAGAUACGCCUCCAUCCUCACCAAUGCACGAAUAGCUAAGCUAGGGCUAGUGGGUUUGAUAAGAGCUGUUCUCCUCAUGCUGCCCCUGCCCCUGCUUCUGAGUAGGCAGCCAUUCUGUGACAACCACAUUAUCCCCCACACAUAUUGUGAGCACAUGGCUGUGGUGAAGAUGUCAUGUGGGGAAACCACAGUCAAUAAGAUGUAUGGCUUGGUGAUAGCAUUUGUAGUCUUAGGGUUAGAUCUUAUGCUCAUUGCCCUGUCCUACAGUCUGAUCAUCAGGGCUGUCCUCAGAAUCUCCUCCAAGAAAGCCCACCAGAAAGCCCUUAACACGUGCACAGCCCACAUCUGUGUGAUGCUAAUGUCUUAUCCUCCCUUCUUCUUUUCCAGUCUGACACAUAGGUUCGGUCAGGGCAUCGCUCCCCACAUUCAUAUUAUCUUAGCCAACCUCUAUUUCCUCCUCCCCACCAUGCUCAACCCUGUCAUCUACGGCGUCAAAAACAAAGAGCUUCGUGAGAAAGUGGUCAAAUGCACUUGCAGAAUGUGCUUUCUCAGGGGCCACUGA